AUGGGCAUCGUACAAUAUCUCCAAGUCGUGCUGUUUGUAUUCGAUUUGACCCUCUCCACUGAGGCACAGAAAAAAGUAACUUGUCAAAACUUCAAGUUUGCUAUCGAUGACGAUGUCAUCCAUAACCAAAUUCUUGAGGGUCACGUGUUUGAAAGAUUGACAGUCCCAAACGCCAUCCAGUGUCACUUGAAGUGCAAAGAUGACUGCCUGUGUGCAUCCAUGAAUUAUUUCCCUCUGUCCAAAGAAAACAAUUGUGAGCUCAACGAAGCUAACAAAGACAUGGAGCCAGCGGCGAUUAAAUGGAGGCAAGGGGGAAAUUAUUAUGAUUUGGUGAGAAGCUACACGGUGAAGGUGAGAUAAGAUUAUUUAUCUCAUGUUUUACUCAUUUAUUCAUGAACUUCCGUAAACAAAAUAAAUAUCCCAAGAUGUUCAAGUUCGUAAAUAAAAUAAAUAUUUCCACAUGAUCAAGUAUUGCGGUACCCCUUAAAAAACAGGUCUGUUAUAUGUCAGUCUGGGCCAAAGACAAUUUUGUGCAUACCGUUUUGUCUGCGAUAUGAUUGGUCUAGACAAAACCAAAACAAAAUGAUUUGGCUAAAAGAGGAUUGGGUUCAUUGCCUUUCUCGAAAACUUUUUUCUUAACGGCCAUGCUGUAAUGCGAAGGGAACGGCAGAACAGAAGUAACAACAAAUUGCAUAAAGACAUCAUUGACUUAACCAUUACUGUAUUGCUGUAUUUCAAAUCUAAUUUUGAUGGACAUUUCAUCUCCAUUCUGGCACCCCGCUAUGUGUUGUAGGCACACGUACUUUGCUCGCACUGUUUGUUAUCGAUUCGAUCCGUUUCCGGUGAGAAUUGUUGAUGGUUGCUACAACGCACAUGCCAACCCAAUUCGAUGAGCAUGGUGAGCUAAAACAUCCUUUAAAUGCCGCUGUAGGGUGAGGACAAAUAUACACCAGAGAAGCAUCAUUGCAUCAACAGAUGCUGCCACAUCAAUCCUUGUCUCAAUGGAGGGGUAUGUCAGGAGAUUUGUGACACUCACAGCACCAGGUUUAACUGUACCUGUCCUAACACCUACUCUGGUCAGCGGUGUGAGAAGAUGAAACACCCGAGAAGCUGCAAAGACAUAGCUAAGAACGGUGCCUCGACAUCAGGAAAAUACGACAUCUUAAAUUCAGACAAUGAACGGUUUUCUGUUUACUGUGACUUGCAGUCUGAACAUGGCUUUGUAUGGACGUUAAUACAAUCGUUUUCCUUUUCCAAGAGAAAUACCUUCAAUUAUGCAGGGUUUGGCAAAAACCUUGAGAUUGAUAUUGAAGAGGGGGAAGUAAAUUGGAACGAGUUCCGACUAUCCUUAUCACAGAUGCAGUAUCUUGCUAAUCACUCCACACAUCUGAGAGCAACUUGUAACUUUUCUACGGAUGGCCUGCAGUAUACGGACUACGCACGCGCUAAGCUGGCAGGUCAUGACAUUUUUGGUACCUGGGACACCUGCCAGAUGUACGAAUAUGUCAAUAUCCGAGGAGUCUAUUGUUCUAAUUGCACUGCCCUCACAAAACAGCGGGAAGAUGCGUCCUGGCACAUAAGGAGUUACGCUAGCAUAAAUGUGGGAUGUGAAUUUGAUGGAAAAACAGGUGGAGUCUCCGGUGAAAAAAAUUUCGGAAAAUUUGAAAAAAAACACUUGAAUCCGGAUCACCGCUGCUCGUUUUCUCCUGCUUCUACAAAGCAGCAUUGGUUUGGAGCUAAAUAUGACGAGUAA